UUCCUAAUUUUCUACUCUGGUGCGUUUCGCUAUCCGUACACAUCCUUUGUCUUCUUCCUCGGAUUAGGAAUUCCUCAGAAGUUAGGAUGUCUUACAUCCCUCCUCACAAGCGCCACACCAAAGAUAACAACAGUCCAUGUAAACCAGAACGACUUAUUUCUCCAUCUGAGAACAAUAAUCAUAGGUCAUUUGGAUAUAAAAAUAUCUCGAAGGAUUCUGGAAGAAUAUACAGACAUGCACAAGCACAAGGUGCAGUAUCUACAUGGUUUUCUGUUGGCUUAGAUGAUGAUGAUGGUCAGUUUACAAGAUUAGUUCGCUUUGAGCCAAUAUCCUUGAAAUCCUAUGAGGAGCAGAAGAGAUCAAAUGAACUGCCUCAGAUUUUAGUGCUUGAUGACAGUUGGCUUCUGCAGCCAAAGGGUGACUACAAGAUUUCUCCAGUGAAGCGUAUUGUGACACUUCUAGAGAAAGACUUGAUUCAUUCUUUUGGAAAUGUGAGGAUGCUAAUGGAAGAAUGCCCAGAACUGAAGCCUACACUUGUUGCUAGGUUUGGAAGAAACCUUUUCUAUGGGACCUCUUCUAUAUCAUCAACCACUUCGAUUACAGAGGCAAUUCUGAAACCAGUACACAAAACAUUUUAUACAAAUCUCCCUCCUUCAUAUCUGAAAUUUGUUGAAGAUGAAGCUGUAGAUAAGAUUGGACUUAAAUUAUCAACUGGGAAGGAGAUAUACCAAGUGAAGGUGCUUGAUCGGUUACAUCCCGAUUCAGAAAUCUCGUGCAAAUGUAGAAUUGUGAAGAACUUAAAUAAACUUGAAGUCUACAAGAUGGAGUUGAAACAACUACGCCAUUUUGUUGCGGAUAUAUCUUGCAUUGGCCAGAAGACAGAUGUCAGGCUAAUGCUUUACACAAAGAGAGUUGUAUCAUCUCUAAUAGUUGAGGAGGAGAAAAAGAAGAUAGAAAACAUGAUCAAUUCUGCAGUUAUUGAUCCUGAGAUUAAGGGUGGUGUAAGGUGGCCUUUAGGGAAACAGUCAGAUGGUGACAGGUAUAGUAUUGUUGGGGUUUGGCAUGACAAAAGUAAAACUUUUCGAAAUUCGUCGAUGAGGGUUAAAAUUCGACAAGCUGAUCGGUUUGAUUUUGGAACUUCGGUUGGUGAUUGUUCUGGUGAGGUUGUACUAAAAAUGACCGAACUCCUGUCAUGUUUCAAGGAUGACAAGUUUGGGGAGAAUGUUGUUGCUGAAUUACUGAAUGAUUACAUGAAGGUGAUUUGGGACAAUUUAGUAUCUUCUUCUUAGUAUUGAUUUUGUUGGUUAACAAGCGAGUUGAGCUUUUGGGA